GGAUGGGCCACGUCCCGUAGGUAAAUAAGCCCGUCAAAUCUUGACCCAUCUCAACUCGAUUUCUGAUAUCAUGCAAUUUCCUGCGCUUGUUCUCGUCGGCCUUCUCGGCUUGCUGGGUUAUGUUGCUGCCGCUGUGAAGCCGAGCAUUCGAGUGCUUAUAUUCCCCACUGUUGGAAUCCAACAAGAGUCUGAUGUGCUUCUUCCUUUGGCCCAGCAAUGGUCCGACGCAAAUGGAAUCGAUAUCACUAUCGAAUGGCCACAGACCCUCGUAUCCACUGACUAUGCGGCCGUCGUUAGCACAUACCUUAAGACACACAAGCCCGAUUACUAUGACAUAUAUAUGAUUGACGUCGUCUGGACGGGCGACUACGCUGACUUCUUUGUUCCACUGGACAAGUACAUCGAUCAAGCUACCUUGUCUUCUUUCAAUCAAGAUAUCCUCCGACAAGAUUUCGUGAAGGGCAAACAUGUUGCGCUGCCGUGGUACGCCGAUUACGGAAUCUUCUACUACCGCCAAGAUCUGCUAGACAAGUACAACAAGCCUAUACCCGAGACGUGGGACGAAGUGGAAGAUGCUGCGAAAGCCAUCUUGAAGGGUGAAAGAAUCGAACAGGCUGCCGGUACAGCCAUAGACAAGAAACUAUAUGGCUAUCUUGGACAGCUAGAUGCUUAUGAAGGCUUGACUUGCAAUGUGGUGGAAUGGGUGAAAAGUGUCGGCAGAGGAGAUUUGAUGGACGCCGAAGGUCAUGUCACAGUCAACAAUGAGGGUGCCAAAUGGAUCUUCAAUAAGAUGCGUAGCUGGAUCAACGACGACCCUUAUAUCAUCCCAGGGGGCUCGAUGGUCUAUCGCGAACAAACUGGUUUGGACGACUUCGCUGCCGGUUAUGCCAUCUUCAUGAGAAACUGGCCCUUCUGCAUCAAGGCACUCACCGAAGCCAAGGCCUUCAACAACACCGCGCGUAAAUGGGGCUUCAAAAGACUACCGGGAAGAAUCGCUGGUCAAUCGGCUGGAACGCUCGGAGGAUGGCAUUUGGCCAUCUCAAACCACACGCAGGAUGAGGCUUCCGCCGUCAAAGUCUUGAAAUGGUUGACCUCGCCUGCCAUUCAAAAGGCUCGCGCAAUCAACCAUGGUCUUUUGCCCACUGACAUGGCCUUGUUUCAAGAUCAGGAAGUCUGCACAGCAAUCGGUCAUUGUGAUGUUUUCGGAAACAUCUCGGUUGCCGCCCGACCUUCUGCGGCCUCUGGUGGAAGCUACCUCUCGGUGUCUCAACGGUUCUACACCAGCAUCAAUGAGUUUCUGUCCGGAAAGAACGGUGCCGAGAACAUCGACACAGUUUUGAAAGCACUCACCAUCGACGCUGAGAAGCUUGCUGGAACGUACAUCGAUCCUGCGAGAGGUCCACCCGUUUACGUCGACUACGAAUCACCGAUUGCGAAAGCAAUGCUGGCACUCUACGGAAUCGGCUUGAUCCUUCUGCUUGCCAUGAUCGGUCUUAUCUUGCACUUCCGGGACGUCCGCGUUGUCAGAACCGCUUCUCCGUUCUACUGCAUUUGGAUGAUCAUCGGCGCCAUUCUGUGUCUCAGCACUCUCUUCGUCUAUACCGGAUACCCCACAAAGGCGACAUGUAUCCUUCAGCCGUGGAUGCUUGCUGUUUCCUUCGCAACCAUCAUGACAGCACUGUUGGAGAGAAAUUGGAUCAUCUUCCGAAUUUUCAACAACCCGUACCUCAAGGUGCUGCAGUUUUCCCCAUGGCACUUUUGGGCUCGUUUCGGGAGUGUUCUAGCCGUUGAAGGAGUUAUCAUUGGCGUCUGGACCGGCAUUGAUCCUCCGCAACCCACGCGAGUGUAUCUCGCCGAUUACAACUACAUUACUUGUCGAUCCUCUUCGUCAAACUUCCACUGGACCAUGACUGGGGUUCUCCUGGCCGCCAACUUCCUCCUCCUCGUCGCUGCCAUGAUACUCGGCUACUUCACGAAGCACGUCCGCAAGGAUUACAACGACGCACAGAAGAUCGCACUUAUUGUCUGGAAUACAACUUCCUUUUCGUUUAUUGCGCUUGCGCUCAUUUUCAUCGAGCCGCUUGGCGUCAAAACGAUCUACGCAAUCCGAUCAUUGAUCAUCUGGGAGUGCAACAUGUUCUUCCUCGGCUCGUUCUUUGGCCCCUUGCUGAAUGAUGUUGCAAGGAAUCCCGACGGCCUUGUCAGCUCUGCGGUUCCUUCGAACAUGCCCCUGGGUAUGUCAAUCAAUGCGUUAACCCAGCAAAUGGCUACGGAUAAAACAGCUACCACUACUACCGAUGAAUUGCACAUGCCAAAGCAGAAGACAUCUCUCAUUUUGACUGGUAUCCUCGUUGGAAAGACGGCGCAAAGCAAAAUAGCGCUUUCCUUUUCCCCUUGGAAUCACUUCAUGGUGGUCAUUCUACCGGACGACGGCAUUCUUUCGAUCAUGCCUGAGGUUGGUUCCCAUGUUAGAUUCGCACAUCUUUCUAUCAAGCUUUCGGAAUACCUAGCGCGAACAUAUUUCUCGUUGCCAAUCACAUUUCACGUCGUUCCUCGGGCAGGGGAGCCUCACCACUGCGUAGAGCGUCUUCUGGGAGUCUCAUGGUGACAUUGGGAAACGUCACGUAGACAAAAUGUAUUUGAAACUGUAGGAGUAAAGCUAGCUCUAGAUUUGCAUUUAUACCCGGCCAAUUGACCCUUUGUUGGAUUGAAGUACUUUUGCUGUGACUAUUGGCUAUUCUCGAAA